AUGCCCAUCAUAACAUUUCUCUCCUCACUAUUGAAUGUUGCCGCUGUAACAUAUCAAAGGCGAUAUAAUCGCUUACACAAGUCGAUCAAGGGCCUCUCCUACGAUUCAUACGUACUCAGCUUCGUUUCCAAUCUACUCGCUAUUUACAGUGGGCUUAAUUACAUGUUCUCACCGCUUGUGAGAAAACAGCUUACGCGUAGGUUUCCUAUAUACUACCCAUCAACUGACUCGAGAAUUCCUGUAUCCAAAUUGAUAAUGUUCGGUGAUAUCCUAAAUCUGGCAUGUACAUGUGCAAUCCUUGAACAACUGGUUAGGUAUAGGUACACAAAAUGCAAACUUCAAAGUGUCUCGAGUAUUUGCAUAAGUACUAUAGUGAUUUGCAUCGUUUUGUGUGUGUUUAGCUACGCGUGUGCAUCCAUAUACUUGCCUUAUAGCGACAGCGGGAAAUAUGGAAUAUUUUACUUGGAGCAUAUAAAUUAUAUUUGGGUAUUGGGCGGGUUUUUAUCUGGUUUUCGCCUUCUUCCCCAAAUAACACUAAAUUUCAUGCGCAGAAGUACCCAGGGAAUUUCUUCUAAAUUUUUGGUUUUGAGUAUGCUGUCAUCAUCAUUACAGUUGGGAUUUUCCCUUACAUUUCACAGUCAGCAGCAGUAUCGUGUACCUCUUAAUUCCAAGCCCAUUUAUGAUUGUGUUUUUCAACUCAUAUUCCUAAUUUCGCUUCUCUGCCAGGCUCAAUACGUCUACAGACACCCAAACAGACGACCAACAGAGCACCUUAUAGGUUGA